UGGUAUAUGUUGGUACCAUUCGUAGAGGAGCAAACUAUAAGAUUAUUGAAUUUGUCUAUUUCUGACCAUUUUUUAUUUGUUUAAAUUUUCAGGAUAUGAGCGUACCCUGUCAGGUUAUCAUCUUUGUAAUAUGACUGAGUCUGUGUCAGAGACCCAUUUGAUCUCCUAUCCAACCUCGUACACCCAGAGGAAACCGUGUGGUGGCUGGCUGCCAUGGACAAUGUGUGAUGUCACAGUUUAUAAGACAGAAUACCGAAAACAGGUGUAUGACAUGUCCAAACAGGUCAUGAAAUGCUGUCAUGGCUACGAACAAGUUGGGACUUACUGUGCUUUGUCCUCGAACAGAAGUGGAGAAUUCACAUCCAAGCCAGGACGGUGUCCCCCAACAAGAGAAACAGGGUCUCUGUAUAAUAAUUCAAACUCCUCUGGCUCUGUGUGCAGCUGGGACAUUGAUUGUCCUCAGUGGCAAAAAUGCUGCCUGAUUGAAAACACCUCCUCCAUCUCUCAGUGCUCAGACCCCAUGCCAUCAGUCAACAGAACCUGGUGCUUCAAUGUGACAAUAACAGUUAAGACAACAUAUGAGCUACUUACCAUGAACAAAGGACUCUUCAACCACACCAGACUGCUGCACUCUGUGGUAACUGGUGCUCUGGAAAUUGAUCGAAUUUCUGUGCAUCAUGUCUGGUCAAAAUCGGCAGGGCCCUUCACAACCUCUUCCUCACUGUUGGUUUGUUCUUCUAAAGUUAUCUUACUAGAAGACAUCUCUACAAAACUGUAUCUGCUGGGAAUCAUUGAGGAGGUGACUAAUUUGGUGGUGCAAGCCCCCAGUGUCACUACACAACCUCCACCACCAACCACCACCACCCCAUCCUGGACUACUCACUCUCUACCACCACCAACCACCACCACCCCAUCCUGGACUACUCACUCUCAACCACCACCAACCACCACCCCAUCCUGGACUACUCACUCUCAACCACCACCAACCACUACCACCCCAUCUUGGACUACUCACUCACAACCACCACCAACCACCACCCCAUCCUGGACUACUCACUCUCAACCACCAAUAACCACUACCACCCCAUCUUGGACUACUCACUCUCAACCACCACCAACCACCACCACCCCAUCCUGGAAAACUCACUAUCAACCACCACCAACCACUGUCACCCCAUCCUGGACUACUCACUUUCUACCUCCACCAACCACCGCCACCCCAUCCUGGGCAACUCACUCUUCACCAGACUACACACCUGAGAUCAUCAGCAUCCUCUCUUAUAAUGUCACUGCAUCAUCCUUCCAUGUGGCAUGGACCACCAACAACCAGACCGGGGUCACCUUCCACCUGGUUCUGCUAAAUGGGAGCAAUGAGAUACAAAACUGGCAAGUGGAAAGCUAUAAUUGGACAUUCACAGACCUGAGUCCUGUGGUUCUUCAUACUGUACGUGUCACUCCAGUUGCCUGUGGUAAACAAGGAAACCCAGCAGAGAUCAAAGUGAGAACAGAUGGCCAGUCUCUUGGAGCUAUAGCUCGCUUGAAAGGCGUGAAUUAUACAGAGGCCUUGAAAGACCCAACCAGUGAUGAAUAUAAGGAGUUCUGUGACAGUGUCAUAAAUGAGAUUCUUUUGUACUUGUCUCAAGAGAUACAUGCACUAGUCAUCUCUGGACAGGUCGUCAUCCAGAUAACAUCCCUCUCAUCCGGCAGUGUAAUCGUGAACUUUUCCAUCAUAUUUCAACCCGGCAGCAGCUUGAACAUAUCCAGUGUGUCCAGUGCUCUGAUGGGGUCUCUUCAGAACAGCUCCAUAUUUGUAGUAGACAGUAACAGUAUAUACAUAGCAGAUCCAGAUGAGUGUUUUCUGAAUAAGUCGGACUGCUCUCCAUGGGCUUACUGUAAUAACACUUUUGGAUCAUACAUCUGUGGCUGUUGGUCUGGAUACAAAGACUUGAAUCCCAGUAGACCAGGGCGCAGCUGUGAAGCUUCACCAACAACAGUGACUGUUCAUCCCACCACAAACUACCCUGGAGAUUCCACGGGCACUACAACAUCUUCCACCACCAUGUUUGGAAACCCAACUAUGAGGAGUACAGUGAGCACAACUCAUGUUCAGCACAACACAACAACGUCUUCAACUUCCACAGUGACUAACGGACCAACAACAGUAAUGACCAACAUUCCUACAACAACACUUGCACCUAUGACACAGAACUCUGUCAAAACUACAACUUCCAGUUAUCAGAGAUCAAACAAUCCAUCACAUUUGAUCUCCAAUGUAACUGUUGAGUGCAUCCCGGGGUAUGUAACAGUCGUUAUAAGGCAAGAAGUCUUGCACAACCAUUACAUCCAAGAGAGUUCCCUGUACCUCGGUAAACCAGAAUGUGGUCUCAGCGGGGUUAAUGCAUCCCAUGUGUGGCUCACUACAUCUUGGGAGAUGUGUGGUAUUAAAGUAGCGCAUAACGGCACCCAUUAUUUAGCUAAUGUGACUCUAUAUAACAGCAUGAGCAAUGUUUCUUCUCUGCGUCUGGAAAUUCCUGUCAUUUGCUCUUACCCCAGAGGCAUCCUCAUCUCCAUGGGAUACGCCCCCUCAGGGUAUUUUGACAUGAUCAAUGACCCAGUGACAGGAUCGGGGAGUUUCCAGGUUACUGUGCGGCUGCUGAAUGGGACAAUACCUUUACCUGACGAUUACACCCUCUCCCCUGAUGAUGAAAUCAUUGUAGAGGUUGGGGUCAACACUACUAUCUCCCAAAUCAAAGUUGUCAUCGACAAGUGCUGGGCCACUUCCAGCAGCGACUCAUCAGAGCUUCCCUACUAUCUGUUUCAGGAUAGUGGGUGUCUGGUGACAAACCCAUACACAGCUGUACUUCAGAACGGAAAUGACACUGUGGCUUUGCUAUCAGUGCAGAUAUUCAAAGUUGUAAAUCUCUACGUCAUCUACCUGCACUGCCAGAUCCAGAUCUGUGUUGAAAUUCAUGAUGGCGCCUGCAGACCUGCUUGUACGAAGACAUACAGGUCUUCUAACGUAGGUGAAGUGACAAAGGCUUCCGUUGGACCCAUAAAGAGAAUACGUCCAAUCCAAACAGAUACAUCAAAUACUCUGCAGUCUGUUGGGUUUAUUCUGCUUGGUGUUGGUGUGUUUCUGUUUUCUCUGGCUGCCAUUGCAGGAUUGGUGUAUCAUAAAAGGAAAAUCGGCAACUACAACUUCCGUUGUAAACCACAGCAGCAGAACUUCACCUAUCAUGUUUUUGACACGUAACUGCACUCAAAUAG